AUGGUCUCUUCACACCUGAUAACCUACAAAAUUUUCAUGAACUUUACCCUGCAACUCUCUACUGCAAAAGAUAUUGCCGUACUCAUUACAGUACCGGUUGGGAAAAGUGGAAAGAUUACUGCAAGUGCUAGAAUAGAUGGAAAGUUUACGAGCGAGGUUGACAAGAAGAUUUUUCUUCCGAUUGACAUGAAAUUCACACUACUUUUGAGGAUAACCCAGUUUGUGGUCGAGAUUUACUACAACGAUGAACAUGUGCUUGAUUUCGUUCACCGGGUUAGUCCACUGGAUGUGAAGGAUGUGCACAUUGAAGGCCCACUGAUAGUUGAAGAAGUGGUUUUCACUCCUCCACAAGGCUCUACUCUUGACCCUCUCCCAUCAUACGAACAAGCCACAAGAAUGGGAUCUGACCCGAUUACCGAAUUUCGGCAUUUGGACAUAGGGCCUCCAGAAUCGAGUCUCACCCCGACACCAGCACCCAUAGCCAAUGCUAGUUCUUCCAACCUGAUGGCACCUACUCCCCCACCAAUCACUACUUCUCCUAACAUCAACCAGCCUAACAGAGGGCCUUCACCUUUCGUACCACCCUCUCCUAACUUCUUUGCCGCUUCCUCAUCAAGAGAAAAUCCUGGCUUUCCUGGUGGGUCAACACCGUCCGGCCUCCAAAAACAUGAAAAAGGUCCUGCUAUGGUACCAACCGCUUUCCAGCUGGCUCAGUAUGGGAAUACACCCUCGCAACAAUUACCUUAUGUGACAUCCCCAACCCCAACUCCAACUCCUGCACCUGGGGGCAGUAUCCCUCCGAAUAUGCCAACUUUGCAACCAACAGCCUUUCAAACCCAGCCACUUCCUACUUCUUAUCCAUCCAGUUCUCAAGCAAUGCAGCCUAUUCCGUCGAUGGGACCACAGCCGAAUACGCCAUAUCCUCAGAUAAUGCCACAAGUCAAUCAGGGCUAUCCAACACCUAUGCCCUAUGGAUUUCAGCAGUACCCAGUGGGUGCCACCAACCCACAAGGAGUGCCGAUGCAUCCUCAUUACAACCCCUACCAGCAGUCGUAUCCAUACGCAGUACCUCCUGGUUCCUAUGUUACAGGUUAUCCUCAACAGGUCUAUCCGGGUCACCCUGCUAUGUACGGUCGAUGCCAAGGAAACGAUGCAGAGCAAGCCGGUUCGCAAACAAACGAUUCUAGCGACCAGCAACAGAGUUCACAACAAAACGUUUCUGAUGGAAAUCAAAAGCAUAUAAAUCUAGCCAGAACAGAAUCCUUCAUCAAAAGUGUUUCAUCAGACGAGGCAACGAUACAGUUGAUCAUGUGGUUGGAGAUGAUGGAGGUGGUUAUGCAGAAUCUGCAGAAGCAUCCUGAUGGUUUUCACUUGGCUUUUGAGCAAAACCCUAGCGCUGAAAAUCAGCAGCAUAUCGAGCAAAUACGAGAGCGUCUGCCAAGGUUUGUGGACAUCAUGCGCAGUCCAGAAUUUGUAGCAGCCGUGAAGAACCCGCGUGUCCUGGCUGCUAUGCGGAGAAUACAGCUGGAAAUGCAAGUGAUUCAUAGAGAAGCACCCAAUCUUGGUGAAAUGCUCUGCGGACGCGGUUCUGGCGAGCCGACGAACGCACAACAAAGAGAAGUGGUUGCUCCACGGCCAAGUUCUCCAACACCACAUCGGCCAAGGUCUCCACCACCUCCUCCGCCUGCCACUGAUGAUGCCAGCAAAGUGAAUGAUAGAGCACGAGUGCAGUACAGAAGGGAAUUAGAGCAGUUGGCUAAAAUGGGAUUCCUAAGCGAAGCCGAUGGAAUUGCUGCCCUUCGUGCUAGCGACGGCAACCUAGAACGCGCUGUGGAUCACCUACUUUCGCAAGGCUAG